CCUUCCUGCUUCACUGUAACAGCACGUGUACGGUGUAAGAUUAAGAGCUGAGGGGAACAACAGCGUCUAAACCUCGGCUGUCAGUCUCCGUCGUGUGGGCUCCUUGUUUUUUUUUUCGGGAAAGGUUUUUCCAACUAAGCCGUCAAAAUGGUGAAGCCUCUGUUCAAGGGGAAAAGCUCGAUAAACACCUCGUCGUCGAGCAGCAACCCCGAUCGAGUUAAAGGUGCUGGAGGGAGCAACAUGAGGGACCGAACCACGAUCAAACGUCUGAAUAUGUACAGGCAAAAGCAGAGAUGUAAUGACCGUGGGAAAGUCAUCAGACCUCUCCAGUUCCAGUCCACAGUGACUCCAGGGACCGUAGCCAGAGUGGAACCAAACAUCAAAUGGUUUACAAAUACCCGUGUGAUCAAGCAGUCCUCCCUCCAGAAGUUCCAAGACGAGAUGGGAGCUGUACAGAAAGAUCCAUAUCGUGUGGUGAUGAGACCAAGCAAACUCCCCAUGUCCCUCUUGCAUGAUCGAAUCAAAGCUCAUAACGCCAAGGUGCACAUUCUAGACACAGAAGGUUUUGAGACCACAUUUGGGCCCAAGGCUCAGAGGAAGAGGCCCAAUCUCAUGGUGGGGGAUGUGAAGGACCUCAGAGAAAAGGCCGAGGCCUCAGUCCUGACCUACAGUGAAGACAAGGACAAAAACCUGGUGACUGAGGACACAGGGGUUCGGGCUGAAGUACGUGAGGAAAUCUUCAAAAAGGGUCAGUCCAAGAGGAUCUGGGGAGAACUUUAUAAGGUCAUUGACUCAUCUGAUGUCAUCAUCCAAGUACUUGAUGCCCGUGAUCCCAUUGGAACGCGCUCCAAAAGCAUCGAGGCAUAUAUGAAGAAAGAGAAAUCCUGGAAACAUCUGAUCUUUGUUCUUAACAAGUGUGACCUCAUCCCCGCCUGGGUCACGAAACGUUGGGUAGCUAUUUUAUCCCAGGAGCACCCCACUCUGGCUUUCCAUGCCAGCCUGACCAACUCGUUUGGUAAGGGCUCCCUCAUCCAGCUGCUCAGGCAGUUUGGCAAGCUCCACACAGACAAGAAACAGAUCAGUGUGGGUUUCAUUGGCUACCCUAAUGUGGGAAAGAGCUCAGUCAUCAACACACUGCGGUCCAAGAAGGUCUGCAAUGUGGCACCCCUCGCCGGAGAAACAAAGGUGUGGCAGUACAUCACUUUGAUGAGGCGCAUCUUCCUCAUCGACUGUCCUGGUGUAGUCUACCCUUCAGAUGACAGUGAAUCUGAUAUUGUCCUGAAAGGAGUGGUUCAAGUGGAGAAGAUCAAGAACCCAGAGGAGCACAUUGGGGCAGUACUGGAGCGGGCCAAGCCAGAAUACAUUCAGAAGACUUACCGCAUCCCCAGUUGGACCUCUCCUGAAGACUUCCUUGAGAAGAUGGCAUUUCGUACUGGGAAACUUAUGAAGGGUGGUGAGCCAGAUAUCACGGCAGUCUCCAAAAUGGUGUUGAAUGUGCAGAGAGGACGUAUCCCCUUCUUUGUGAAACCACCUGGGCUGGGGGAUCACGAGCACAAGGCACAAUUGCCAGUUGAAGGACCCUCGAAGGCAGUUGAGACUGUGCAGGAGGAACAGACAGACAAUCCGGAUGCCAUCUCGGAGGAACAUGAGAAGCAGCAGCAGAGAAAGAAGGAGCAGGUCACGAAGAUUCUGUCUAAUGUGCGACAGAACUUUGGCAAGAUCAAUGUGGCACCUGAGUUCAACGAGGAAGACUUGGUUCCCGUGGAGAUGCCUGACCUGGAGCUGUCUGACUUCUCUGGCUCUGAUGGUGAGGAAGGCAGUGAAGAAGAGGAGGGAGACGGGGGCGACGGAGGAGAUGGGGCCAAUGUUGAACCGGUGAAUGGAAAGACUGAGGACGCCGAGCCCUCAACCUCUCAGACUGGCAAAGCAAACGUCAACAAGAGUUCACGGGCGGUGAUUCGGGAGCUGGAUGAGAAGAUCUCCAAGUACAAGCAUUUCCUGGACCGGGCCAAAUUCAAACGCUUCUCUGCAAUCCGCAUACCUAAGGCGCUGUCCGACAAAGCGUUCACGGACAUCAAGACUAAACAAGCAGCGGCGGCGGCAGCAGCAAAGGAAGCGCAGAAGAAAGAUGCAAACCAGAAGAGCAAUAAGAGGAAAGCUGAGGAGGACGAGGAGUCCACCCAAUCCCACAGACUGACGUCAAAACAGAGAAGAGCAAUGGACCGUGAGAAGGUCAAGAAAGUCGGUGUACGCUAUUACGAAACGCACAACGUCAAGAACAAGAACAAGAACAGAAAGAUCCCAGUAUCAGCGACAGCAGGCCAAAAGACCAAAAGACCAAAGCACUAGACUGGAGUCGUAAAAUACAAAGAAAUCAAUUAAAUAAUGUUUUAUUUAAACCAGCCAAAAAGGCCACACUUGUAGUGAUAGUCAGCAUUCCAUCUUCUAUCAACUCUACACUAAGUGUUAA